AUUUAAUUCUAGACAUUGAGUCAAAAUUUGCGUGAAAUUGUUCACAGUUCGUGUCUAACAGUCGACAAGUGCUGACGUCAAUUAACAUCAUGUCGAAGUUUAUUGUGUUUACAUUGGUCUUCUCGUUUUGGAUUUAUUAUAUUCAUAGUGAAGUGAUCCAGGUUGUAAAACGUUCGGUAUGCAAGCACAAUGAGAUGCAAGUGGAGUGUGCGCACUGCGGCCCGAAGAGAUGCGAUGACCUGGGAUCCCCGGUCCCCUGCAUUGGUGCGAAUGGAAUAUGCCGACCGGAAUGCGUGUGCAUCGACGGUUAUGUGCGAGACACUAAUGGGACUUGCAUACCGAAAGAUGAAUGCCCUAGUUGCGGUGGUGAUUUCAACGCGACGUCUGGUUGCGGAAACCAUUGCGGCAACUCAUGUUCUGACUACAAAGAAGUAAACAAGACGUGUCUCACCGGUUGCCGUUACAACAGCUGCGAUUGUAAAGAGGGAUACGUUUACAACGAGCAUUUGAAGUUUUGUGUUUUACCAGUAGACUGCUAAAAUUUACGGAUGAGCUGCAAAAUGGGAUUGUUGAAAGUUUUCCGCGCUGAAUAAAACGAGAGGAGAAAAGUGUAAGAAGAAAGUUUUGUUCGAAAGUAUGUUAAAAGAACUUUUAAAGAGACAAAUGAUCGACGUCGCAGAAAAUACAUCGAUAAAUAAUAAAAUAAGUAAUUCAGACUACUUAUAAAAUUAUUUGUAUUUUUGUUAUCUUACUAAUAUAAAAAAAAUGAAACUAAACGAUGUCUGUACAUGAGAAAUAUUUAAGAAUAAGAAAAAUUAAUAUGAUUCUUGAUAAGACCAAUAGAUGCCAAAACAAUAACUUAAAAAAAAAUAUCUGUCUAUACGUUUGAUUCGGUAUCACGAAAAUGUACUGCACUUAAUUGGAUGAGGCUUUCACAGUAAAAUUCCAGAAAGCUUUGUUAAAAAUCUGUAUAUGUUUUAUCUUAAUACAUCAUCUAGAAUUUGUUAUUUUAUUGGUUUUCCUACCUCUGAAAUCCACGCAUAUGAAUGGCGGACAGAAAGCUAGUACUUACUAUUUAUUGAUGCUUAAUUAAUUCCUGGUCACUGUCUAAUUGAAAUCAUAACUUAAAAUAUUAAACAGUAUUUCAUAACUCAAAAAACCAACAUCAGAAGAAGAUAUGAAAAAAUCUUGGAUUUUUGACACAACACCAUUAGAAACUAGCUCAAAUUAAGCAAAGCUUAUGAAAUAUUUUAACUCUAAGCCUGUAGUUGCAGAAUCAACAUAAUAAAUUUCUUUUCCCAA